GCUCUGACUUUCUGUUUCAUCCUCUUCUCCCUUUCCCCUGCUCUCUGUCCUGUCCUCUGCAGGUCUUGGCUUGGUAUCAGGGAAGGGGUUCCAUCCCAUGGCCUCCCACUCUGGGGAGCCAGGGCUCCUGCCCUGUGGAUCCUGUGACAUGGUUUUCCGCUCCUGGGCCCUGUUGGCCACUCACACUCAGCGCUUCUGCAUUGGCCGUUUGACACGGGAGGUGACACUUGGAGCACAGCCCUCAAAAGCCUCGGAACCACAAGGUCCCAUGGUUGCGGCGUCACAAGAACACCAGGGCUUCCCAGAGCAGGAAGCCAGCAAAUCAGCUUUAAGGAAGCUAACAGAAGAGGUGCAGGGUCUGCGGCUGUACUUGGAGGAAAUGCAACCCUGGAUAACAGCAAUUCCCAGGCAGUCCGUGGAGCCCUGGGGGCGUCCAAAGGCUCCCACCCAGGGCCCCAACUCCGAGGCUGCUGGGAGCCCCAGCGAGCGGCUGCGGGCCCUGCAACGGACUCACACAAUACGCGCGGCAGAGACAGAGGCACAGAGCCUGGCCCUGGAGCUGCGCGGCGAAGAACUGAACCGGCGCCUCCAAGGUUUGGCCCGCAACCGGGGCGGUAUAUCACGCCUAUUAGGCCUGGAGCGGGAGCUUGUAGAACUCCGGGCGGAGGCCGGGCGGACCAGGGGAGCUCUGGAGGUGCUAGGAACGCGCGUUCAGCAGCUACAGUCUGAGCCCCGGACUGAGCAGAACUCCUUGCAAGGGGCAGAACUCUGUUGGCCGGUGCUACCGUCCAACCCAGGGACUCUGGCUGCUGAGAUUGGGGCCCUGCGUGAGGCCUACAUUCGAGGUGGGGGUCGGGACCCCGGCGUUCUGGGCCAGAUAUGGCAGCUGCAAGUGGAGACAUAUGCUCUGGAGCUUCGACGGUCACGUACCCACAGGGGAAGGCGGGCAGGUUCCACAUCUGGGAAACUUCUAGCAGUGGAGACUGAAAACCAGCGUCUGGAGGCAGAAAUUCUGGCUUUGCAGAUGCAGAGGGGUGCAGGCCGAGCACCCUGGGGGUCCCGAGAGCCACAAUUUGUGGCCAAUCCCAGCCUGCGCCUGAGAAAGGAAGAUCCCCCAUGCCUCCCACCACCGGUGGCUCCCCCGCUGCCACCACUUCCACACUCCACAGGCAUCCUAUUCUUGGGUGGCACAGAAAAGACUCCACAGCUUCCUGGAGCCAUGAGCAGGAACCUGGGCCUGGAUCCAUACUUUGUCCUGCCCCCAGCUAAUGUUCUGGGCCCUGCUCCCUACGACCCUGGGGCUGGCCUGGUCAUCUUCUAUGACUUCCUGCGGGGCCUUGAGGCUUCUUGGACUUGGGUGCAACUAAUGACUGUCUUGGCCCGAGAUGGACGGGAUAUAGGAGGGACCACAGCUUUGCCCCCAGCCCUUUGUUUGCCCCCUCCUCUAGCUCCUGGGCCCAUGGGCAACUGUGCCAUCCUUGCCAGCAGGCAGCCUGUACCCAGACUCCCACCCUCACCAUCACUAUCCCUGCUCUGUGAGUUACAAGCCUGGCAGGAGCUGGCAGGGGCUAGGGCACCACAACCAAAGGCCUGGGCCUCACUGGUGCUCUUUGACCGGGAUCAGAGGGUACUUAGUGGCCGUUGGCGUCUCCCACUUCGGGUCCUUCCUCGGGAUCCCAGCCUUAGCCUUGGGCAGCUGAAUGGAAUUCCCCAGGUAGGUCAGGCUGAGCUCUUUCUGCGGCUGGUGAAUGCAAGAGAUGCAGAUGUACAAACACUGGCAGAGAUCAAUCCAGCCAGUGCCCACGAGUACCAGUAUCCACCUCUGGUGCCCAGCUCAGCUUCACUGGAAGCCAACUCCCUUGCACCAACAGCUGGCUUUGUUGACCCCCCUCCUCCUGCAGAAGAGCCCCUUGACAGCAGAGUCAAGGGUAGAGAUGAAGGUUUGGGCCCCACCAGCUUUGACCCAUCCCCAUUGGCUUUCUGAGUCCAGAAUGUGGGUAUGAAUAGCUCACCAUGUACAGGACUAGGUCCUAAUUGAGGCCUAUUCCCAGACCUACAGCUUUACUACUGUUCUGACGGAGGGUCUAGAAGCAAAAAGCAGAUGCGCACAAAAUGUGAGCUCCAACCAUAGCUUUACCACCUUAAGGCUAAAACUAUUUGGCCUUUCUUUACCUGUUUUCCCUUUGUAAAACAGAAUGAUGAGAGGAUUAAAUAUUGUCAGGUAUUUGCAGUAUCACCUGGUAUAUAGGAAGUUCUUUGAAAGGUGACUAAAGGAGCACUCUUUAAUCAAAGCUUUUGUUUUUGCUAAAAAUCAGUUUUAUUGGCACACUUCAUUCAAAUCCAAGUUUUCUCAGGACAUCCCCCAGGAAGCCUUGCAGGUUCUCAACAGGAAGAUCUUGUAGCCAUAUACUAGUGGCCCAGUGCACAAAAUUUGUGCACAUUAAAAGGGAUUAGAGGAACCGAAACCGGUUUGGCUCAGUGGAUA